AUGCCCGCUCCUGCCGUCCACAGCGCCUUCGGUGUCGAGGACUUUAAGAUCGAUGCCCGCUUUCUCUCGCAUAUGGCAUUUCUCUGCUCCCCUGACAAGCCGGUGGAGACGUCGACGCUGAUUGGUAACUACGCCAUAUGUGAGAUCUGCGUCUCGGAGGGAGAAACGGCCGAUAUCAUGAUGUACCUGGACACGCUGCGCAGCCCCGGCCAGGAGGGAUACGUUGGCAAGGUAACGUCGGAAAUGCGCAAGGCCGCCGCGGCGAGCCGCAACACCGCCAUUGCUGAGGCUGCAGACGCUAUGGAUGCGGAGUUCGCUCGCUUGAAGAGUGUCUUCUUCGUGCGCGUGCGCUCUUUUGUGGUGAUCCACACGGAGACGAACGAGGUGGUGGGUCGCAUUCUGGCGUUCCCUGGUCAGAUCUCCGACGACUACGGCAACAACCUUGAAGUGCACUCCGAGCAUGGCGCCAACCAGAUGAAGGUGGCCCGCGCACAUAUUGCCGGGGGGCUGACUACCUUGUACAUCGGUCACGGCCAGGGUGCGGCGCCGGCGCAGAUCUGCGCCGGCGCCUCUGGAAGCCAGGCCAUCCUCUUCGACGGCACGGCGCUGUCAGAGCUGCUCGUGCACAACGCUUUGCAGCACGGAUGUGUGCAAUGGGAGCCCCUUGACGACGAAGUGAAGGGGAAUUGGGGCAUCCUCCACUACCGCACCGAGGCGUGGGCUAAGAAGCAGAAUGCCACAGCAAGCGCUACCAUCGCCGCGGCGAGGAAAAUCGACGCCGAGGAGAAGGGCAUCAGAGAGGCAGUCGGGGAAGGGAAGGUUUUCGGGGCGAAAAAUACGGGUGAGUCCACGAUCAAUGCGACUGAGAAAGAGGACCGUUCUCCCUUGAAUUGGUUCAAGAAAUGCGAGUGGAUCACGGUCAGCGGCAUCAUUCCGGUCGUGGCACAAUGCCGCUUUGCCCGCACCGGUCGCUACAACGCCAAGGCUCUCAGCGACAUGAUAAUAGACUACACCGCCUCCAUGCAGGCUGCCGAGGACCCCUACGUGUAG